AGCGCCCCGGCCGAGCCAGCCUAGGAGGGGGAGAUCGCAUUUUGCCCACCCUCGGCUGCAUCGCAGCCAGUCCUUGCCCGCGCGAUGUCGGACAACGCGGUCUGGAAGGCGAUGAAGCCCUUCACCACCGGGGCGCUGUCUGGCAUGGCCGCCACGGUCUGCAUCCAGCCCAUCGACAUGGUCAAGGUCCGCAUCCAGCUGCUUGCAGGCUCGGCGGAGGCCGCUGGACCGGUGACGAUCGCCAGCAAUAUGCUCAAGAACGAGGGUUUCUCGGCGUUCUACACGGGCCUGACGGCUGGCCUCACGCGACAGGUGGUGUACACGGGCGCGCGCUUGGGCCUGUUCGACAUCUUCACCGCGAAGGUCAAGAAGCCUGGACAGGCGCUGAGCUUUGCCGAGAACGCAGGGUGUGCGCUGGCUGCUGGCGGACUCGCAGCCAUUGUGGGGAACCCGGCGGACCUGGCGCUCAUCCGCAUGCAGGCGGACAGCAUGAAGCCGGUGGCGGAGCGCGCCGGUUACACCAACGUCUUCUCGGCCAUGGCGCUCAUCGUCAAGAGUGACGGCCCCGCGGGCCUGAUGGCGGGCUGGAUCCCCACGUCGACGCUCGCC